AUGAGCGAAACAAAUAAUGAUAUAACUACCAAGGCCAGGAAAAUUAGAAGACUAUUAAAAAAUUCAAUAGAGCCAUUAGAUGAAGCUUGCAGCGGCAAAAUUUCAAUGGAUACUUUUAAAGACAAACUAAAUAGGAUGAAUAUUUUUCUUAGACGUGAGGAUUUUGAGUUAGUUAGCCAGAAAUAUUGUGAUGAAGAAAACAAAAUUAAUUAUGGCUCAGCUUUGAGAAGGCUUAAACUUCAUCACGAUAAAGGUAGAUACUUAUGAUAUAUAGAUAAAGGGGACAAUGAAAAGCUAUUCCUCUCUACAGUUGCUAGAAAUCAGCAAUUAAGCACAGAUAACCAACUUGGAUUUUUAUUAAAUUCUCACAAGUAUUUGCCUUUCAGCAAUGAAUCUCGCCUAGAUAAGGGCAAAAAUAAUGUAUCUGAUUCAUUACUUAUGAAGCUGCAACAAAAUCAUAUAGACAUAAGAACCUUAGAAGCAAUAAAAUCUCAUUCAAUGAUGCCUGUUAAAGAUCAAAAGCCAAAAUCCACUGCAGCUUCCUUUAAAAAUAUCUUAAACUCUUACGGCUCAAAAAUCCCUGAACACUUGAGAACUGAUUUGCUUGCCCAUUGCAUUGAUCCUGGUGGGAAUUUCAAACUGUCACAGCUAUACGAUCUCAUUGAAGCCUAUAAAUUCGCACCACAAGGCACAAAAUAUUAUAACUCUCAGCUUCUAUCGCCAAAUGUUAAAGAAGCUUUAUGAUCUCCUGAAAGAGCAAGCCUUAGAAGUAGGUCAGAAGACCAGCAAGCCCAAUUGAUAAAAAAGUUGUCACUACAAAUAACUGAUAGGUUUCGAAUGAUUUCCCAAGCUUUCAGGUUUUUUGAUAAUGAUAAAGUAAAAACUAUAUAGGAUGGCAAAAUAAAUUUUACUGAUUUUUUGAUUUCGUUAGAAAAUUUUACAAUUUUCGCGACUAAAAAAGAGCUUAAAACUUUAUUUAUGAGCUUAGAUAAAGAUGAAAAAGGGUUUCUAAAACUCGAAGAUUUUUCGUGUCUUUUUGCGAAAAAAAGCUCUUUAACUCCUACUCCUAUGGAUUUAUCAAUAAAUAGAAAAAGACAAAUUGGAUUUAUCUCAGAAAGGCGCAAUAUCAAGCUGAAAUCUAGUAUUUUACCAUAUGAGCCAUCAAUUAUAAAAAUCAAGAAUAAAGGAAGCUUGAACGAUUUAGAUAAUCAGCAUUCAGGGAGUUUUGACUCAAAAAUUGGGAACGUGAAAAAUAAGCUAAAAAAAGGGCCGAAAAAUCAGCUAAAACAUACGAGUUUUUUGAGUGAAAUCAGAAGACCUUCACCAAGAAAAAAUGUCAGCCAGCUGUAA